GAUGACACACACAUAAAACAUCAAAAACGUAGAAAUUUGUAAUUUUGAAAUCGCAACACAAAUUUAAUUGCCAAAACGUCUUUAAUUAAAAAGAAGUGUUAAUUAUACCAAUAGCUUACCUGGAACGACGAUCCACUUUAAUCAAGCAAGACACUCAAGACGCUGACCAUCAAACAAACGUCAGAGACUCCGACACCGUGACCUGACGAGAAGGCGACGACGACUAUCAGAGUGGGGAGAAGUUUCGAAACGCCAGCAGCUGGACAAGGCAUAUCGUUAAAUAUGGUCAAGCUAUUCGCAUUGAGUGUCUUCUAUAAAGGUGAAAGUGAGGCCCGUCUUUUAAAGACCACAUCAGACCUACAGUCCUUUUCCUUCUUUCAACGUGGCACCGUCAAUGAGUUCAUGUCCUUUGCCUCGAAAACAAUUGUGGAACGUACACCUCAAGCACUGCGACAGUCAAUCAAACAGGAUACUUAUAUGUGCCAUGUUUAUGUACGGGCUGAUAAUUUAGCUGGUGUGCUUAUUGCCGAUCAUGAAUAUCCCCAGCGAGUGGCCCAUACGCUAGUCACAAAAAUACUCGACGAUUUUACAGCCAAAGUGUCAGCCGACCAGUGGCCGAAUGGUACUGAGGUGUCCAUUGCAUUUGAUUCGUUACCCAUAUUUCUGGCUAGAUAUCAAGAUCCCAAAGAAGCUGACCCAUUGACAAAAAUGCAAAAUGAUUUGGACGAGACGAAAAUUAUAUUAAAGAAUACAAUUGAAGCGGUGUUAGAACGUGGCGAAAAGCUAGACGAUAUGGUCGUCAAAUCCGAGAAGCUUUCAAUGCAGAGCAAGGCGUUCUAUAAGACAGCGAAAAAGACAAAUUCGUGUUGCAGUUUUACUUAAAAAUCUCAACGGUUACACCGCAGCUACAAAAUACAAAACAACACAUACAAACCACCAUAAACAGAAAAAACUAUUAGAUACAAAUCAAUUGCAAGUGUUUGGCGUUGGCUUCGAAUUUGUACUGUUUUCAUAAUAUAAUUAGUUAAUUUUAUAUGAUACAAAUUACUAUGUAUGUAUAUGUGUGUACGUGCUCUGGCAUCCGAAAUAUGUUUAUAAAAUUAAUAUUAAUUAUACGCAUACUUUAUUAUCCAUAUAAA